AUGUCUGGCCUUGAGGUCCCCGGGCUAGUGCUAGGGGUUGUCGGUGUCGUGAUCGCAUUCAGGGGAGCUCUUGACACCGCACUACUUAUUGAGUCUUUCUUUGACGACACUCGAAUAGACUGUGGAUAUUUGGCUCUAUGUUACCACGUUGAAAAGACUCGUUUACAACUUUGGGGGGAAUUAUGCAACGCUAAUGAUGAAUCCCAACCGGACAAAUGUACCCUUCGCGACCUUCCAGACUACCUGAAAACGCUGGUUGUUAGGAUCCUCGGCGAGAUCCAGAAGCUUAACGAAGAAGCUAAUAGCCUCAUUUUCAAGUACAACAUCGAAUUGGCGACUCUCCCAAUGCUGGACCUAGAUGAUAACCUAGCCCCCGAUCGGGCGUUGCCGAUGGCCUUAUCCAAGAAGAUCAUAAAACCCAAGUCCCGGUUCCGCUGGACAAUCAAAGGGAGAUCAGAGUUCGAAGAAGUUAUUGCGAAGCUUGGGAAGCUCAUUAGUGAUCUCCACGGCCUUAAUGUACAUUCCGGGGGAUCACAGCUCCCAGAAAAAGCGCUUCCGUCGCAAGUUCUCGCCAAUGUCACGAACCCUAGCCUACUACGGAUUCUAGCCGAUUCCCAGAAUCAAGUGAAUCGUACUUUGGCUCUAUCUGCCGAAGCUAAGAGUCUGCAUUUGAAGCCUGACCGCGCAUCUGAGAGAUCAGCUACCGCACUCACUAGCCGGGAGUUGGUGUUCCGAGAAGGCUCAUCGGUCACUGGUGUUGUCUUUCAUCGAACAGGACAGGUACUACCUGUCUGGGUAGAAUGGAAUGACUUGAAGCCAGGACCUGGAUCUGACAGAUAUAUCGCGCGUAUCAAGUCGUUAGGCUACGUCCUAGAACGAGUGGGCCAGCCGGAGCUUUGCCUGCCUCCUUGUUACGGGGUAUAUGAUGACCUCAAAUACGAGGCAGAGCAUGGAGUUAAACGUCUAGGCUUUGUAUUUGGUCUACCGCAGCCAGGCCACUCAAACCAAUUACAGUAUGAGGCCAACAUUCAGCUCUACCCUCCACAAAGCCUAAAGGCCCUUAUCAAAGAAGAAAAAAAGCGCUGCAAUACCACAUCUUGGAGAUCGCUUUCGCUUGGCAUAUCGUCUGGCAAAUGCCUUUAG